UUUCACGGUAUAAAUAAAAUCAUAUAAUAAAACAAAAAUAAUAUGAACCGUGGAUUCAAAUAUUCCCAGUCAGUGGUCGUUUAUACACUCAUGCUGACCGUUUCCACUGUUGUACAUUACACGGACGCGGAGUGCUGGGACACAGGAUGUCAACUGGACUCGUGGUUGGUCAAGGGUUGCGAGCAGUACGACGGAAUGACAGAAAUAAAGCGUAAGCCGUGUGGUCGCGGCGGUAAAUCCGCAGGCCACGUGUAUUCCUGUUGUUACCAAUUGAAUUCGAUCGAUUCCUCUCGGAAAUUGUGCCGGGCCACGGAAUGCAUAUCGGAUUCAGUAGGAUCGGAUCACCAUGAUGCAUCAAGUAGCGGCGAUGGCGGUGGUUGCAGCUCACUGCAGUACCGGGGCACGAUCGAGGUUGCAAGAUCGCCGUGCGACAGGGGCCACGUGUACUUUUGCUGCAACAGUACGAACGAUCCUUCGGACGCUGUGCAACUGAACAAAAUCGGAGACCUUACCUACUAUAGUUUGGGGUUGACGGCGUGCGGCCGGACGUACACCGACGACGACAUGGUUGCGGCGAUAGCGUUCGGCCAUUUCACCACUCCGAAUCCAAAUUUUGAUCCCAUGUGCGGCAAACGUGUGAAAAUAAUCGACCCUACUACGUUGAAAUCUAUAGUAGUGACUGUGAGAGACAAAUGCGAAGCCUGCAAGAUGAAUGAUAUCGAUGUGUCUCCGUCUGCGUUUGAAAAACUUAAACCGAAAAUUGUUGGUAGAUUCAAAGUCGUUUGGGAUUUUAUUUGA